UUAUUAUAUUCAUGUAGCAAAUAGUUUUGUCAUUUUGUUGACCUUCAUUUAUGUUCUGCAUUCCCCUGUAUUAUGAAAAAAAUUCAAUCAACAGAAAGAAAAAAGAAGCAAACAAAAAGAGACAACUCACUUACUCCACUCCUCAAACAAUGUGCGCCCUACCUAAACCCUUCCUCCGCCACCACCGCCACCGCUUCUUCACUCUCUUCCUCCUCCUCACCGUCUCCACCGCCGUCCCAAACCCAGUGGAAUCAGAAACACAACUCCCCUCCGACGCCGUUUCACUCCUCAAAUUCAAACUCAAAGCUGAUACUAACAACAAGCUACUCUACAACCUCAACGAGCGGUUCGACUACUGUCAAUGGCAAGGUGUCAAGUGUGUCCAAGGUCGAGUGGUUCGGUUCGUCCUCCAGAGCUGCGGCUUGAGCGGCACCUUUGCUGAUAACACAUUGGCUCGUCUGGACCAGCUACGUGUCCUCAGCCUCCGCAACAACUCACUCACUGGUCCCAUACCUGACCUCUCUACUCUCACCAACCUCAAAGCACUCUUCCUUGACCACAACACUUUUUCUGGAACCUUCCCGGUGUCACUGGUUUCGCUUCACCGGCUCCAGUCGCUCGAUCUCGCUCGCAAUAACCUCUCCGGUCCACUCCCGGUUCAGCUCAGUAACCUAGACCGGCUCAGCAACCUCCACUUGGAAUGGAACCGGUUCACCGGCUCGCUUCCGCCUCUCAACCAAACAACUCUCCAAGUGUUAAAUGUCUCCGGCAACAACCUCACCGGACCGAUACCGGCGGUUCUCUCGAGGUUCGAUGCUUCAGCCUUCUUGUUAAACCCUAACCUCUGCGGUAAGGUUGUUAACAGAAUAUGCGACUCGAAGUCUCCGUUCUUUGACGCUCCGUCCGGCGUAACUGCUCCGGCGCCGGAGCUUCAAAACGCAGGGUCGCAAGGUUUAACUGUAUCUCCGCCGUCCACACGGCGGCACAAGAGGCUAGGUGUAAUCCUAGGGUUUGUUAUUGGACUCCUAAUCGUUAUAGCGUUUGUUAUAUCGAUUUUUGCUGUUUUGAAUAAGCGAAGGUAUCGACAUCGAACGAAAUCAGUGGCGUUCAGUUCCGAUGAAGAAAUUGAAAACGAUAACGGAAACGGAAUAGCCGUUGCUGCGAUUUCUACAACGGCAACCGCAGUUCCGAUUGUUAACAAGGAGGUUAAAGUUAAAGAUCAGAAACUGCAGUUACCUCAACAGCACAGAGAGAAAACCGGAAAUCUGAUAUUCUGUGAAGGAGAGACGGCAAUGUACGGUCUGGAACAUCUGAUGUCAGCAUCGGCGGAGUUGUUAGGGAGAGGAACGAUCGGAACGACGUACAAAGCAGUUAUGGAUAACCAGCUGAUUGUGACGGUGAAGAGGCUUGACGCCGGGAAGACCGCCAUAACUUCCGGUGAAGCUUUUGAGAAGCAUCUGGAGGCGGUUGGAGGUCUCAGGCAUCCGAAUUUGGUUCCGGUUAGGGCUUAUUUUCAAGCGAAGCAAGAGAGGCUUGUUAUUUAUGAUUAUCAAGCAAAUGGCAGUUUGUUCAACCUCAUUCAUGGAUCAAGAUCAACAAGGGCAAAACCACUGCACUGGACAUCCUGUUUGAAAAUUGCUGAAGAUAUAGCACUAGGCCUUGCUUACAUCCACCAAGCUUCAAGACUCAUUCACAACAAUCUAAAAGCCACCAACGUCCUACUUGGUUCCGAUUUCGAGGCCUGUCUCACGGACUACUGCCUUCUGUCCCUUGCGGACCCCACUGCUAUUGACGAAUCCAUAUCCACAGGUUACAAAGCCCCGGAACUAAGAAAAUCGUUCCACCGAGCCACAACAAAAUCAGAUGUAUAUGCCUUUGGAGUCCUGUUGUUGGAACUUCUAUCCGGUAGGCCUCCUUCCCAGCAUCCACACCUAGCCCCUGAGGAUAUGGCUGAAUGGGUGCGAGCAAUGAGGGAGAACGACGACAUGCCAAAUGAUAACAGGCUUGGAAUGCUUGUUGAAGUAGCGGCUGUUUGUAGCAUGACGUCACCCGAACAAAGGCCCAUAAUGAGACAAGUGUUAAAGAUGUUACAGGAGAUUAAGGAGACUGCCGGUAACGAUGAUGAUGAUAACACAUAUAAGGGAUAUUCAUGACCAAGUACUACGCACGAAAUGGUUACACUAUUGUCAACGGCGGUUAGCGUUUCGUACACGCAACCACGGAACCAUAGCGAGAGAAAUCAGAAGGCACAAGGUUGACGUUUUUGUACAAUCUGGUGUUGGUUCGCAGGAGGAUGUGUGUAAAGAUUUAAGUACUGUAAGAUCCUACAAUUUUAAUUAUAUACAGAUGGAUAGCUAUUGUUAUGGACAUAUAUAACUGUUUUUAUCUUUUAAUCUUUGGAUUUUAUGAGA